GCUUGUAGAAGACAUUUGCUAUAAAUACAGCUCAGGGUGUUCUUCCGUUGAUUACUGAAUCUCAUCGGUCAAUUAAACCCACACCGAGAGCAAAGCACCAUGGCACUUCUUCAGCUGUUCUUAUUCUUGUUGGCUCUAAACAUUCAUGCAGAAGCGGCGGUUGACAUCGGUGGUACCUGUGAUGCAAAUAUUGCGUGUACGGACACUACUAAUGUAGCAUGUGACGGAGGAACUUGUAAGAUCAAAGCUGGAAAAAGCUGUGCGUCCCACACCGACAAAUGUGUGACAAACUCGACCUGCCCGACUACGGGUACAAAAGAGUGCACGUGUAAUGAUGGGUAUGAAGCCACUAAGUCGCCCGGAUCGUGUACUGUGAUGGAUAACAGGAUAGGUGGAAGCUGCUCUCCAGACUCAUGUGGAGCCAACGCUGAGUGCUCAGCACCUACCGAUGGCAAAUGUAGAUGUAAAGAAGGAUUCACUGGCAGUGAUGGCGAUGCUGCUUGCAGUACAACAGAUCGAAGUGGAGGUGCUGCCCAUUCUGUUCCCACUUGGUUUCUUGCGUUCAUCAUGUUUAUAAUAGUCUGCAUCUUUUAAAUAAAAGAUUUGUUCUUUGAGGCACAUGAAAAGGUUCAAACUGAAAGUUUUUCCUUCUGUUGAAAUGUGUUUUUAAUGAAAUUAAACUAACAAAUCAAAACCUAGAAAAUAAAAUACAAAGGAUACAAGAAAAUAAGCAGAAAUCAUAGUACACUAACUCUUCGUAUGUGUAACAGAUUCAAACUUUCGAGUAAUGUGAUGUGUAUAUCGCACUAUAAGCUAUAAUAAACCAAGGACAAGCUUGUAAGAAAUAAAUGCUUGUAUGCUUGACAUUGUAACUAUUGGACACUUCACUUUUGCAAUGUCCGGACAAAUAUUGUAACUGACUUCCUUUGUGAUAUGAAAUAGUAUUUUCAAAUCUGUAGUAUACCAUAAAAUUAAAAUAUUACUAUCUUUUUCUUUAUAUUUAUUAAAAUUCUUCUCAAGGAGGCACUACGUGUGACGUGAUCCUAAUCUAAGUUGUUUUUAAUAACUUUCAGUACCACCCACACCUUUCUUCUGCUUUUCGCCCUUCUUUUCUGUUCCUCACUGUCUCCCUCUCUCUUUCAUGCGCACGGAAUGAACCAGCGCUUACGGCGUUUGGUGAAAGGUAAAGCUCUCCUUGAAACAAAAUUUGACCAACACUUAUAAUCUUCAGGCCUUAAAUUGUACAUGCAAAUGCUUCAAACAAAAAUACUAAACAAAUUGCUUUCUAAGCCUUCCGUAUUACAUCCCAUAAUUCCUUAGUUUUUGUGAUUAUAGCUGUUACUUUAUUUUUUGUAUUUCGUCUCUUCUAUCCGAAUAAAAUCUCAG